AUGUUUCAAAGUCGAGCUUCAUUGGCAGCUCGUGCUGCCCGUUCUGUGGCUUCUCAAUACCGGGGCCUAGCGACCGCAUCCCCUGCAGCCAAUACCGCCCGCAGCCACAAGGUUGUAGUGGUCGGUGGUGGUACUGCUGGUCAAUCUAUCAGCCACCAGCUCCUUCACUCUGGCAAAUUUGCUCAGGAUGACAUUGCUGUCAUUGACCCUGCCGAAUGGCACCACUAUCAGCCAGGCUGGACCCUCGUUGGUGGUGGUCUCAAGAACAAGGAGGACCUGCGCCAGCCAAUGCAGAGCCUGGUCGACUCCAAGUUCAAGUUCUACAACCAGAGUGUCGACAAAUUUGCCCCCAACGAGAACUCUGUGACUCUGGAGAACGGCGACAAGCUGAACUAUGAGCACCUCGUUGUGGUCCCAGGUAUCAACAUCAACUACGGUCAGAUCAAGGGUCUCCCUGAGGCUCUCGCAGACCGUCACUCUACUGUCUCAUCUAUCUACGGCUACAACACCUGUGACAAGGCUUUCCGUACUUUCGACAACUUCCGCCAAGGAAACGCUAUCUUCACACAGCCCGCCGGUGUCAUGUGGCUUGCCUUGGACCUCUGGAAGAAGGCUGGUCUCUACAACCCCACCAACCCCGCUCAAUCACCCGUCAAGAUCAGCUACGCCACCGGUCUUCCCGUCAUGUUCGGUGUGCCCAAGUACAACGCGAUCCUCGAGCAGAUGCGCAAGGACCGCGGCGUCGAGGGCCUUUUCCAGCACGAUCUCAUUGCAUUGGACGGCAAGGCCGCCGUCUUCUCCACCCCCAACGGAGAGGUCACCCGUGAAUACGAUCUGCUCCACGUCUCCCCCAAGAUGGGUGCCCACGCCUUCGUCAAGAACAGCCCCUUGGCCAACGAGCUCGGCAUGGUUGAUGUUCACGACAACACCACCCAGCACAAGAAGUUCCCCAACGUCUGGUCUGCCGGUGACGCGUCCAGUCUGCCCACCUCCAAGACCGCCGCUGCCGUCACUUCAGAGGCCCCCGUUCUCGUCCGCAACCUUCUGCAAACCAUGGAGGGUAAGGCCGUCGACGCCUCCUACGAUGGAUACACCUCGUGCCCUCUUUUGACCGAAUACGGCAAGGUCCUGCUUGCUGAGUUCAAGUACGGUGGUGAGCCCAAAGAGACUUUCGGUAACUGGUUCGGUAUCGACCAGGGUGAGCCCCGUCGCUCAUUCUACCACCUCAAGAAGGACUUCUUCCCCUGGGUGUACCAGAACUACAUGGUCAAGGGUAACUGGAGCGGACCUAAGGGCUGGCUCUGA